CGAACCGUUUGUUGGGUUAGAUUCGUAACAUCCGGGGCUACGAUUUUGGUAUAAUAAAUAAUUCGAGAAAAUGAAUAGAGAAUUACAGAAUUUACGAAGAAGUUGCUGCUGCGUUUUUCACUCAGGAUUUUAGAAAACUUUGAUAUUUCUUCUUGCUCCUUCUUCUUCCCUUGGCUCAACAAUGGAGUUGAGAAUUCUUCCUCCUGAGUUUCUGCCGAGAGAGGGAGAGGAUGGCAUGUUCUUUGGAGAAGGCCAUUGAUGCUUGUGCAUGGAAGCUUACUGCAUUCCAGCGCUUAGAUUUCACUUGUGAUGACGUUCUAGAUUACCUCAAGAAGGACAACUUUAUUGGUAAAGGAGAAUUACAGACUCUUGGGAGGAUCUAGCACAGACACAUUGUCAAAUUAUUAGAUUUCUGUUCAAACUAUGAGACAAAUCCUUUGGUUUAUGAGUACAUGCCAAAUGGGAUUUAACUGAAAUGAUCCAUGGCAAGAAAGGUGGGCAUUCACAUUAGGACACAAGGUACAAGAUAGCUAUGAAGGCUGCAAAGGGACUGAUUAUCUCCAUCACGACUGCUCCCCUUUGACCCUUCAUCGUGACGUGAAAUCAAACAACAAUUUUCUCGACUCAAACUAUAAAGCUCAUGUUGCUGAUUUCGGACUUGCCAAGUUCAUGCAAGAUUCUGGAACAUCCGAGUGCAUGUCUGCCAUUAGGAAGCAAUUGAUAUGGAAAUUGGAUAUCUUGAUCGGAAAUGCCAGAGACAAGAAGCCUGGCCACUGGAAGUCAGCAUGCCCGUACCCAAAAGUGGAGAAGUACGGAGAAAGAGAAAGGAUCGAGAAGAAAAAGAAAGCAAUGGUUGCUGCUGAAAGUGACGAGUCAUCCAGCUCAAGCUCGGAUGAAGAAGCCCUCGUCUGCAUGGAGCGCAGAGUUGAGAAGUCCAACCAUGAGGAUAGGUGGACUAUGUCAGAAGAUGACACUCUCUGCCUAAUGGCCAAAGAUGAUGCUGAUCAAGAGGUAACCUCACAAACCUCCUGCUCAUCUUCUUAUAGCACACCAACUUCUGAAAAUCUUUUUGACCAGUUCAAAAAGAUGAUGAAAGACUUUGAGGAGAUAAAUCUCAAACACACAUCCUUAAUAGAAGAGAACAAACUAAUGAUUGAAGAGAAUCUCAAGUUGACAGAAAGUCGGAAAAGUCAACUGAAUGAGAUCACUCAACUCAAGACUGAAAAUGAAUCUCUCUCUGAAAAGGUGAAAUCCCUCAACAAAGAGCUAGGGAUACUCAAGUCCCAAGAAGCAGUGAACAAGCUGCUUGAAACGACCAAACAUAAGGGUCGCAAAGGACUUGGGUUUGACUCCUCUAGUUCCAAAAGGAAAGGGAAGACAACUUUCAUCCCUCCCAAACCUACUGCCAAACCUAAUAAGCAGAAAGGGAAGGAAAAGGAGAAACCAACAGAAGUUCCCAAAAAGGUAGUCCCUCCUAAGAACUAUAGGAAGCUGGACAGACCUCAAAAAGGAAAUAAUUUCAGAAGAAAACCUUCUAACCCCCAUUAUGCACAAGGCUAUACUCAUUAUGGGGUAGACAGGAGUUUUCCAAGAAAUUCUGAAUGGAGAACUAUGCCAAGAUAUAGUCACCCUCCACCCCAGAAGCUAUUUGUGCCACCCAAGUAUGCUUAUAACCGACACAGGACACACUAUGCACAACCUAGACAAAACUAUAGGUCUUAUCAACCUAGGUUUGCUAGGAGGAAACAGGAAAUAGCACCUCCUGCACGUAGGAAGUUUUAUGCCUAUAACUAUGAUUACAAUCCCAACAAGUUUAGAGCUGCAAGGAAAAUUCCCUGCAACUUCAAACUUGAUGUAGGGACACACACCAUUAACUACUCCGGACCCAAACUUAAUUGGAAGUUAGAAGCCAAGUGCUCAUCACCGACAUUCUUUCAAAGCUAUCUGAAAAUGAUAGCCGCUCAAGAACUCUCCGAACUUCUUCAAAUGGAGAUUUGCCUCAAAUUCGAGGAAGAAGUUCUUGAAUUCUACAGAAAUGGAGAGGUCAAAACUGCUCAUUCAAAGAAGAACCCACAGAGGACGUUUCCAGUCAUCAAGUCCACUGUUGGAGGUACAAAAGUGAAGCUUUCGCAAAAGAAAUUGGGAGAAAAGCUUCGCCUUCCCAAUUCUGAAGUUGAAGUUGGGAAAUUUCCAGUCAAAAAUCUGGACUGGAACAUCAUUGGAAUCUCUGGGCAAGCUCCUGCUGGCCUAGCGAAGAAAGCAGAUCUAAACAACGAUUACAAGUUGGUUUUGGAACUGGUCAUCGCUUGCCUCGAGUGUGGAAGUGGAGGUCAUGCCGAUGACAUCACCCAGGAGAGAGCCUUCAUCAUCAACUCUCUCAUUACCAAAACUAAG